CUAAGUAUGUCUUCUUUCGAGCUCUCGAACCAUGUUGAGGCUGGCAAAGAAGAUGCCCGGGACCUAGUCGGCAGCCUCAAAACCCUUCAGCAGACACUCAAGGACACAGAUACAGACACCAACAUUCUUCAAGACCUCGACGUCUGCGUCUGCGUGUUCAAGGCUCAGGAGCUGUCCAGUGAAUCCUUCUUGUUCAUCGAGAAGGAAGCAAACAAUGCUAGGAAGAUGGCAGACUUCCUCACCAGCCGAGCAAUCUCAGAAGUUGUGGGUCGAUUGGCAGAGCAGGCUCGCAAACACUAUCCUCAAAAUAAACUCGCCGUUUUGGUCUUGCGCUACUACUUCGAAGGCUCUGGCGGCGACGUCAACCGCAGGAAUCUGGAAGCAAGAUUGAGAGAGGCUGGGGAUGUUGGCAGUCUGGGUGAUUAUCCUUGGACAUGCGACUUUGAGGAUGUGCUGGAGAGAUACGGAGUCAAGGUUGAGAAGCUGGCUUUGGAGUUUGUGGUUGAAGAAGCCAAGCAGAUGUUUGAGAGUCAGGCUUUGACUUGCUUUGGCGUGGAGAAUGACUGA